GAUAACUAGCAGCAGAACGUUCCUAGAUCCGCCGGAGGAACGACCUUUCUUGAAUGCUUCUUCCAAAGAAGAGGGUGUGAUGUGAUGGCCUCUUGCUGUUCUGAACCGCCCACCUUCAGCCCGGAGGAAACAAAUCUCAUGCGACUAAAAUGCAUCUAUGCCAAAGUCAUAACCGGAGUUUUGAGAUUCGUGUUCAGACGCAGCAUCCCCGAUUUACCUCCCUGUACAUCAUUGCUUGCUUUCUAUCAGUCAAAAGGGAUUCCUAAAAGCACUUUCAAGAGGGGUCUUUACAGAGAACAAUGCGACAAACUACGUAAGGACAAUACGGGACAGUCCUUUGAUGUCACGCUUUUAUGUCUGUGUUUCAAGAAGGGAUGCCAUGGACUGGCUGCGGAUGGAGACGAAAAGUGGAAAGAAGGAAAAGAGAGUAUUGAAUCGAUUAUAACGCUUUUAAAGAAUAAGAGAAAUGCAAUGGCCCAUGAUGACAUUGAAUGCAACUAUAGCGAUUUGCUAUCACAAGCAGAUGAACUUCGAGAUGUAUCAACUAAACUUUUGACUUUUGCAAAACAUCAGUAUGGGAUCUCACCCAGUGUGGUUGACCAAGAAAUUGCUCACGUGAAUGACAGCAUACAACGAUACUUGCACGGUAAUCUGACACCACAGGACUUUGAUGAAUACAGAAAACAACUCCUGUUUCCAAUGCAGAGCCAGUACGUUCUCGAAAAUGGUUACGAAGACGUGCGACGUCAGUACAUGAAGCGGGGUGACACCAUAACUACUCCAGUCAAUCACCUCAUGCACAUCAAGUUUCGAGUAUGUGACAUAUUUUCAGAUGUGGUGAUGCAGACUAGGUGUGACUCUUCGCGGUCAGAGCAAGUCUCUUACAAGGAUAUUUUACAAGGCGCAAAUGGUACUAGGACGGAUUCUGUCAUUUUGAUUGAAGGGGUUAUGGGCGUUGGUAAAACAACACUUGUACGAAAAAUGAUAAGUGACUGGACUUCAAAGAUAGACGGUAACAUGGAGCAUACCUGCAGUGAUAACCUGGUGCUGCAUGUGGAAUGCAGAAACCCCACGAUACGAUCUUUCCUGGACCUGCUCAAACACUUCAUGCCCAAUGUUUCAAGGAACUUUAACGACCAACAUCUAAAAUUUGCUGCUUUGGCUCAACAAAUCCUGGUCAUUCUCGAUGGUCUUGAUGAACUGAACGAAGCAUCGACUUCCUUAUUUGAGGAAAUACUUCACUUGAAAAAGGAUUUUAGAGUAACAGUCAUCGUCACAACAAGGCCAGAAAAAGUGGAAUACUAUUAUCACUGUGCCAAGUCUCUCCACAUAGGAACAAAGCAUAUUGUACUCUUGGGUAUAGAACUUCAUCAAAUAGAAGGCUUUGUGUACAAUUACUAUGCUCUGAUAAAAAAUGAAUAUCCAGACCCACAGGACGUGAAAAAACUCCUUGAGUACCUACAGAAGACGAGGCAUAAUCUUGGUGAUAUAUGGAGGAUUCCCUACAACUUGACUUUAAUGAUUAUUCUUUGGGCUCUGGACUAUUUUGAUGGCAACGUCAUUUGCUCAACACCUGAGCUUUACAAUCAAUUAUUCAGACUGCACCUCUCAAAACUCAUGGAUCGUUUGAGGAACUUUAGAGAAACGCAUCAUUUGCAUGAUUCAGAGUUAGAAAAAAUAGUCAGUAUCUUCAUAUACAGAUUAGGAAAGGAGUCAGCUUUGAGUCUCACAAGAAAUGAAACUUAUUUAUUAAGAGAGGCUUACCAAAGGCUCAAGAGUAACUAUCAGCAAACUAUGGUUCCAAUUGAAAAGAUGGUAAGUUCAUUUCUCCAGGAGGAAUCGGUCGGUUCUCAAAUCUUCUACAGUUUUCCAUACAAAGGUAUGCAAGAUAUUCUUGCUGCCCAUUUUCUACUGACUGAGAUAACUCAAGGUUAUGAAACCACUGAUAUCCAGAAUGUCACCCAAACAAUUAGCGCGUUUCUGUCUCGAAAUUCGGUCCCUCUUUGUCUGAGUCAAGACAUUCUGAAAAUCAUAGCAGAGAGACCAAAAACUGUCCCCACUCGGUAUAAUGUUCCUGCACCUCAGAUGUUCAAUGUUGAUCAGGUUCAGAGUGCUAUGAGGGCAAUACUUUUAAAGCACAAUGUACCACAAAGUCUUAUGGAGAAAUUAUGCCAAGUCCUGCAAGACAACUGCAAUAAAAGUGACAGAGAUGUUAUACCAGGACUAGAAAAGUCUAGAAAAAUUAUAAAAAUCUUACAAAAGAUACACGGGGCGCCGAUAUCAUCAAUGUUACAGUUCCAGAAUACAUUUAUCAUUCUGCUAGGAAUGUUUUACAUUCAGAAAAUUUCCAUCGAUAACGAAGUCAAGUUGGAAGUGCUUUAUCUUUUAAAAGAUACAGGGAUCAAAGAAGCUGGCUCAUGGGUCACAAUCCUGAAUUCUGUGAAGUGUGACGCAUUCGUUGCUGAGUUCAUAAGCAGACAAAGAGGCAUUCUUGAAGGCGAAGUUCUGAUCAACGAUUCUUCCGUAGUUGCUUACACCACUUUACUGAAAGCACUCGCACCUCCGGUCCUAAAUGAAAGACAUGCUUACAUCAACAUCGAGGUUGUUGAAGAAUUCCAAGGCUUGGCUGAACUCAUAAACCAGAUAAACAGGCUUCAGCUACGUAUCGAAAUGAUGAAGUUUCACCAUUAUUUUAGGAACCUCAAAAUUGACCCAAAUCUAGAGAAAGCAAUAGGAAAUGUUUUUAAAAGGUGUGCAGUGGAGCGGUACAUGGGGCCAGCAACAUCAGGAAUGACAUUCCCGACCUCAAUUCGGUGCCUGUAUGCAGGAAUGGUCGACUCCAGAAGCUUUGCUUCAGUCAGGCGUCUCUUGCUGUCAGACUCGAAUGUGGAAGUCCUCGCCCUAUGCUUCAACAGUCGACUUUCCUACGAGGAUCUCACUUCACUGACGGGUCUCAAAAUGCCUUGGCUCUACCUCCUGAACGUGGAGACGCGGCAGAACAAGUGCACAGCAGCGAAUAUUAUCAAGAAUCUCAUGCCAACUGAUCAGAGCGAAUACCACCAGAUCUACUUCCCCAAAGCAACACUGGAAUUCGACGGCAUUGCAGAGCUUCUCGUCCGAAUGGCAGAUGUCAAGGUCUACAGGUCCGUCGUGUUUCCGAGGAUCUGCAAACCUCCCUCACUCAAGGACGAGGAGCUUGUGACAAAACUCGCUAAGCAGAAGCUGAACUGUGGUUUCGGUAUCGAAUGGGGCGAUUCAUUCGGAUGGAACAUCGACCAGUGGUGAACAAGGACUCGAGAUAAUCCUGGAACUAAAUGGCAGCUCCUGUCUGGAAACGUGCCUCCCUUUUCCAUGAUCCUGUUGACAACGUUACCCAAAGACAUUUCGCAAAUAUUCCGGUAAAUAUGUUCAUGUUCACCGAUCUUAUUUUAUAUCUUCUGAUAACUUGAAAAAGUCAGAACUCUAAUUAUUGGCCAAGGGGCUGCUGAGCUCAAGAAUUGAAACUCUUCGUCGCAGGGCCUCACAAUGAAGCUAAAGAAGUACUACUGGUCUCGACAAGCUAUGGGAGCUUUGGUUUGACAGUCAAUGAAAAAGAAAAUAAUCUAAUCCACAGAUGAAUUUAGAUACUGUUUAAGUUACACUUAAUUUAAAAGCUUCAAGUAACAAUAAAUCUUAUUAUUUCCUAUCAUUUUUGCAUUUCUUUAUUACAACAUUGUGCCAAGAACUCGAUAACGUGUAAACUGGCAACGUAUAAAUUCUUUGUUUCUCACUAUCGUGUUAACACAUGCCAGAAAAUUCAAGCUGACAGAGUGAACGGUCAAGAUGCGCUCACUAGGCAGUCCCAUAAUAAUUAUGAUGGUUAUUAACCUAACAGAUCUAUUAAAUUCAGUGUUGUGGAGUAAUUUUACAUUAUGUAAGUAUACUUACGAGGUUCAAGUUAUGGUUCCAUUAAAGCGAAUGCGAAAUCGUUAUUACAUGCAUACAUACAUAUACAUGAAUAUAUAUAUAUAUAUAUAUAUAUAUAUAUAUAUAUAUAUAUAUAUAUAUAUAUAUAUAUAUAUAUAUAUAUAUAUAUAUAUAUAUAUGCACAUAUGUACAUAUACGCGUGCUGUAAACUGAGCAGCUCUUUACUAAGCAACAAGGUGGUACUGUUAGACGAGCGUAACACUAAUGGAAAUGUCUACAGAACUGUAUGAUAUAAAAUUUUUAAAACAACUUGUAUUUUAUUACAUGAGCACAUACUAUUCAUUUUAAGUUUAGAAACAGGAGAAGUCCUGUAAUAUCAGCUAUCAUGAGUUAAGACAAACAUUAUUUGAAAUAAUCUUUUGUAAAUAUAUGUAAAUUUAUGCAAAUAUAUGAAAAUUUAUGUAAAUACAUGUACAUAUAUGAGAAUGUGAUUCUUUAACCAAAAGAUUCUUCAUUGCAAAGAUAGAACUUUAUGAAUGUUACUAAGUGAAUGAGAUUGCUAUUAUUACUGUUACAGUUUUUGCUGCAACUUACUGCCCUUUCAACUACUCCUGAAAAAUUCCCAUAUAACAUGAUCUAAAAUUUGAUGAUAAGAUUUAGUCAUAAUAUUUGUGUGUACUCGUUUCCUUCCAAAUCAUAUGACAGCUAAGGUUUUUAUAUAUGAA